UGUGUGGGUGGUUGAGCUGGGCUCUGCUAGUGGACCAUGGUCCAGGCAGGGGCUCCAGGUCCAGCGCGGGUAGGAGGAGAAGGCGUCACUUCCGGGGGCCCUCGCCAGUGUCUGGUGGUUCCCUGCUCUCUGAUUGGGCAGAAGUGGCCAGGGCAGGCGUGUGACCCCACUGCCGUGGAGGGGCUAUGCCCCACUGCCACUUGUCUUCCUACCCAUCUGCUCUCCAGAGUGCUGCCUGUGCUGCACCUGGGGCCUGGAGCCCUUCUCCAGCCGGAUAGAUUCCAGACCCUCUCCCUCGGCCCACCUGUGCCCCACCCCACUCUGCCCAGAAGUGCAAGAGCCCAAGCCGCCUCCAUGGCCCCAGGAAGGAUUCAGGGGAGAGGCCCCACACAGGGAGCCACGCCAACCAGACAGCCUGGCCAGAAUGGAGCUGACUGAACUGCUCCUCACGGUCAUGCUUCUCCUAACGGCACGACUAACUUUGUCCAGCCCGGCUCCUCCUGCCUGUGACCCCCGACUCCUAAACAAACUGCUUCGUGACUCCCAUGUCCUUCAUGGCAGACUGAGCCAGUGCCCAGACGUUAACCUCUUGUCCACACCUGUCCUGCUGCCUGCUGUGGACUUUAGCUUGGGAGAAUGGAAAACCCAAACGGAGCAGACCAAGGCACAGGACGUUCUGGGAGCAGCAACCCUUCUGCUGGAGGGAGUGAUGGCAGCACGGGGACAACUGGGACCCACUUGCCUCUCCUCCCUACUGGGACAGCUUUCUGGACAAGUCCGCCUCCUCCUUGGGGCCCUGCAGGGCCUCCUUGGAACCCAGCUUCCUCCACAGGGCAGGACUACAGCUCACAAGGAUCCCGAUGCCAUCUUUCUGACCUUCCAACAACUGCUCCGAGGAAAGGUGCGUUUCCUGCUGUUUGUGGUAGGGCCCACCCUCUGUGCCAAGCGGGCCCUACCCACCACAGCAGUCCCAAGCAGUACCUCUCUAUUCCUCACACUGAACAAGCUCGCAAACAGGACUUCCGGAUUGUUGGAGACAAACUCCAGUGUCUCAGCCAAAACUACUGGCUCUGGACUUCUGAAGAGGCUGCAGGGAUUCAGAGCCAAGAUUCCUGGUCUGCUGAACCAAACCUCGAGGUCCCUAGACCAAAUCCCUGGACACCUGAACAGGUCCUUGAAUGGAACUCAUGGACUCUUUCCUGGACCCUCACCCAAGAACCUAGGAGCCCUGGACAUUUCUCCAGGAACUUUGGACGUGGGCUCCCUGCCACCCUACCAUCCGCCUGGAGACUCUCCUUCCCUGACCCGUCCUUCAGCUGGACAAUACACACUCUUCUCUUCUUCACCCAUCAUGCCCACCCCAACGGUCCAGCUCCAAGCCCCACUUCCUGACCCCUCUGGUAUCAUGCUCAACUCUCCCAGUCCUCAUCUAAUUGCAGCCCACUCUCACUUGCAAAAUCUGUCUCAGGAAGAGUAAGGUACUCAGGCACUGCCAACCAUCAGCAUCGUCUCCCAUGUAAAAUCCCCUUACCCGGAGGAGAGGCCCCGGGGUACAACUGCAGCUAUCCCAGAUUUCCUGCUCUCACCUGACGCCCAAAGCCCUGGUAAACAGGGAUACACAGGACAGAAAAAGGGAUCAUUUUUCACUGUAUAUUAUAAAACUUCAGAAGCUAUUUUUUUAAGCUAUCAAGAAUAUUCACCAGAGCAGCUAAUUAUCUUUGGUCUGUUUUCUGCACAAACUUACAAUUUACUAAUUCUCUAUAUGCUUUUUUCAUACGAUAAUUCUGCAAAGGCCUGAAGUGGCCUGUGAACAGAGGUAGAGACUAACCUUAUGUCAGAGACAAAAGAGUUUUGAUUUUCUACUCAGAACGAAGGUUAGUCUCUUUUCCCCU